UAGAAAAAUACGACCACGGUCAGAAAAAUGAAGGUUAUGUGCCAUUUUCAUACCUAAAAACCGUUGUUGUUGGUGGAGAAGAGCAUGGCCGGCGACGUGGAGAAGAUGGUCAUCGUCGGGCUCGUGUGGGGCGCCACCAACGCUGUCAUGCGCCGUGGGGCCCUCGUCUGGGACCGGAAGCUCCAGGCCCAGUUGCGGGCCGCCGCCCCUGGCAGCCGAGGACUCCGCCGCCGCCUCCUUCAAUGGAUCGACCUCCUCCUAACCUGGCAGUACUCCCUCCCGUUUUUCAUCAACCUAUCCGCCUCCGCUGCCUUCUUCCACAUCCUGGGCGGCGCCCCCAUCUCCGUCGCCGUGCCCGUCACUAACGCCACCACCUUCGCCGCCACGGCCGUCGCCGGCAUGUUCCUAGGCGAGGAGAUGCGCGCCGGGACCACCAUCUUCGGUACGGCUCUGAUCGUCUUGGGUGUUUGGAUUUGCAUUAGAUCUGGAGAUUAGGGUUCCUAAUUUGCCCCUAAAAUAAACCCUUCUGCUUUCCUUGUGAAAAAUUUUGCUUCUUGGUAGAGCUCGCGAUUUCUUUUAUCAAUUUCUUGCGAUUUCAGUGCAUGAAUGUGCCCAUUGAAAAUGGUGUGACUGAAAUUGCUCAGAAAAUAUGUAAUCAUACUUUGAUAAGUAAAAUUCACUGCUUGCCUUAU